AAAUUUAACUAUGAAUAGUGAUAUCAUCUUCCAUAAUCUCAUUUAACUCAUAUUACGCUUAAGAUUAGUUAAGUAUCGUAUGAUAUGUUUAUUGUUCCGAUUGGUUAAUAUAUCAAAUAUCGGGUAUUUUAAGUAUUUUUGCUAAACUGAUAAUUGUUUUACCGAUCAUCUAUCAAUUAUUAUCGACCACGUUCGUACCACCGACUACAUCUUAUAAAAGGCACCUCUUUUUACGAUUAGCUUGAUUAGUUUAUUAAAAACCUUAUCAAUAAAAAAGAACUUUAUUCAUAAUGUCUGGAAAUAAAGAAUUUACUAUUGACGAACUCGCUCAACAUAACACUAAAGCAUCUUUGUAUAUUUCUAUUAAAGGCAAAGUUUACGAUGUAACAAAAUUCAUUGACGAACAUCCUGGUGGGGAAGAAGUACUUCUUGAUGAAGCUGGCCGCGACGCAACUGAAGCAUUUGAAGAUGUUGGCCAUUCAGACGAAGCUCAUGGACUUUUGAAAGGGUUUGAAAUUGGUGUAUUAAAAGAAGGUUCCCAACCACAAACGCAAAAACCUCCAACACAUUCUUAUCCUAAACAUCCACAACCUGAGACAUCAUCUUCUGUGAUUAAUUAUCUUGUUCCGCUUGGAGUUCUUGUAGCUUUUAUUGCUUAUAAAUAUAUUUCAGGAUGAACCUUAAACUUAAAUAAAUAAAUUUUAUAUUUACAUUUAUAGAUUAUGGGUUCUAAGUUGUUUUUACUCAUAUAAUAUUUUAUUUAUCUCUAUUAUAUUUGUUUUUCUUACUAUUCUUUAAUAACGUUUAUUUGUUUUAAUUUCUAACACAAAAGAACAUUAAAAGUCGAUGAUUUUAGCGCAUAAAUUGGUAUACUAAGACCUUUUAAAUUUUUUGUAUAAAGUGAUAUCUAAAUUAUUUUUAAACAGUUUA